AUGGACGGCGAAAUAUUUGGAGCUGCGAUUUUGUUCGCAUGUUUUUCCAUAAUACUCACAGCUGAGAAUGCAAAUAUUGAUAAAAUCACGAGCAAGGUGGAGGAGAGAGUCGAGGCAAACCAUCGAUUGGACUCUCAGAACAUAUUUAUGUUCAUGUCACUGCUUAUUUUGGUUAUAUUAACAAUAUGGCUCUUCAAAUACAAAAGAUUCAGAUUUGUUCAUGAAACCGGUCUAGCUGUUAUUUACGGUCUCAUUAUUGGAGCUAUCAUAAGGUAUGCUAGUCCUAAAGUGGUCCUAAAACCGCCAGUCAUAGAUUUACCUCUAGCAUCCAACUAUACUGCGGGUGACCCCCCUGAAGUUGUUAAAGUCUCUAUACACGAUGAAACAAAUGUUAACUCAACAAUUCAAUUCCGUUACCAGUUCCGGGAUAUUGUCCAAACAGAGGAGGCUGAGUACCAGGAGGAGGAGCUGGUACAAAAGGCAACCUUUGACCCGGAAGUGUUCUUCAAUGUAUUAUUGCCUCCUAUUAUAUUCCACGCUGGAUACAGUUUAAAAAGGCGUCAUUUUUUCCGUAACUUCGGAGCAAUUGUGGGGUAUGCAUUCCUGGGGACAACAAUAUCCACACUUGCAAUUGGAUGUGUGCUGUAUGGAAUAACAAGAGUGAUGCCAUAUCUCAAUCUGACCUUCACAGACACAUUGUUCUUUGGAGCCCUCAUCUCAGCCACAGAUCCAGUGACUGUACUUGCCAUAUUCCACGACCUCCACGUAGAUGUUGACCUUUAUGCACUGGUGUUUGGAGAGAGUGUCCUGAAUGAUGCUGUGGCCAUUGUACUAUCUGGGUCCGUAGAAAAGUAUGGCAAGUCCACUACCGGGGCUACAUUUGACGCAAAGGCCUUCUUCGAGUCCUUGGGGAACUUCCUGGAGACGACCUUGUUCUUCCUGGUCAGUUAUUCCACAUACUUGGCAGCAGACGCAGCUGGGCUCACAGGUAUUGUGGCCAUAUUGUUUUGCGGUAUUAGCCAAGCUCAUUACACUUACAACAAUCUAUCUUCAGAAUCUAAGCUACGCACAAAACAGCUGUUUGAACUCCUGAAUAUGUUGGCAGAGAACUUUGUGUUCUUGUAUAUAGGAGUCUCCACUUUUACAUUCACAAAACACAACUGGAGGGUUGAGUUCAUAUUCUCAGCUUUCCUAGCCAUUAUAGUUGGUAGAGCUCUCAACAUCUACCCAAUAUCAUUUUUGCUCAAUUUAGGAAGAAAAAAUAAAAUAAACUACAAUUUUCAGCAUUUAAUGAUGUUUUCUGGUCUACGUGGUGCCAUAGCAUUCGCGCUUGCCAUCAGAAAUACAUCAAGUUCUGUUAGACAGCUUCUGUUGUCAACAACACUAGUCAUUGUCAUAGCAACUGUGAUAGGAUGUGGAGGUUUCACCACCCAAAUGUUACAAUGGCUUAAAAUACGAGUUGGUGUAACUGAUGAUACCGAUACACACAACGAAACCACUGCAGUAAGAAAUGAUUUGGAACGCCAACGAAAUUAUAGAGCUAUACAGGAGGGUCGCACUGGAGGAGAUAGGUCAAAUAUGAGCUCUGAGAACACAAGUAGUCCUGUAGGAUCCCCCAGUGAGACAAGUGAAGCAAGUACACCUACAAGUCAAAGUGUUGAACCUGUCAAGUCCGCUUACCUCAUUGAUAAAUGGUCAGACUUCGACAGAAAAUAUAUGAAGCCAUUAUUCACACAUAGUAGACCACUAUUAACAGAAACUCUACCAGGCUGCUGCCUCCCAUUAGCUAGACUUCUUACAACUGACCGACAGUUGGCCUCUGAUCCUCAUCGAACCACUGGUGAGGAUGACCUUGAGAUUAUUAUAGAUGACAACGAACUAACAUAUGGGGAACAGUCCAGUGCUAGUAUACAUGAUCCCACACAGAAAGCAACUCUACAGGUUGAGGUUCAUUCAAAUCCACCCGGGGCCCAAUCCACAACUGAUGACUGUCAACUUUUAACUAUCUCAAGCCCAUCAUCCUCAGAUGACGUCUUAUUAACAGCAUAG